GGAAGUACGAAAAGCGCAUGUGCCGUGAUUUGUAAAUAAGGUGGUGACGAACUCAUCAAUAUUUUCAGAAUUUUAUGUCAUUCUAGACACGUAAAACUUCAAAAAUGGCUGACCAAGAGCAGAAGGCAAACCAGUUUGUAGAGGAGGCUGAGAAAAAGCUAAAAUCAUCUAAAGGAUUCUUUGGAUCAAUGUUUGGAGGGUCUAGCAAAGUCGAAGAGGCUGCAGAGUUGUUUGUGAGGGCUGCAAAUGCAUUCAAGAUGGCAAAAAAGUGGCCAGGAGCUGGCCAGUGUUUCUGUAGGGCAGCAGAAUUACAGUUACAACUUGGCAGUAAACAUGAAGCAGCCACUCACUAUGUUGAUGCUGGAAGUGCGUACAAAAAGGCAGAUCCUCAAGAGUCUGUAGACUGUCUUGGCAAGGCUAUUGAAAUAUACACAGAUAUGGGUAGAUUUACAAUAGCAGCAAAGCAUCAUGUAACUAUAGCAGAAAUUUACGAGUCUGAAAUGGCAGACAUGGAUAAAGCUAUAUCUAGUUACCAGCAAGCCGCUGAUUAUUACAAGGGAGAAGAAUCAAACAGUUCAGCUAACAAAUGCUCACUAAAGGUUGCCCAGUAUGCUGCACAGUUGGAGAGAUAUGAUCAGGCUAUACAAAUAUAUGAAGAGGUUGCAAUGUCAUGUAUGGACAAUUCAUUAUUGAAAUACAGUGCCAAAGAUCAUUUUUUCCGAGCUGCUGUUUGUCAUCUUUGUGUAGACACACUUAACGCAGAACAGGCUCUUAAAAAAUACGAGGAUCUUUUUCCACAAUUCUCUGAUUCUAGAGAAUGUAAAUUAUUAACGAAAUUAAGAGAAGCGUGUGAGGAAGAAGAUGCCGAUGCUUUUACUGAUGCAAUAAAAGAUUAUGAUACAAUAUCACGACUUGACCAGUGGACGACGACAAUGUUACUACGGGUAAAAAAGAGGAUAAAUCAAGAUGACCUGAAAUAAAACAUCAACUUUGCACUAAUUAUAGACUAGAAGAUUGUUGAUUUGUAAAUUUUGAAAUAAUUUAUAAUCAAUUUGUGUGUAUAAAAUAAUGUGACAAUGUGAUUCCAGAUAUACAUUGUAACUUUGUGUUUGGACCAUGUGAAGUGAAUUAUUAUAAAAAGUUGAUGAUUUUUGGGGCUGUUUUAUACCAAAUAAUGACUGUAUUUGAUUGAGUUCAAGAAUUUCAGAAUAUGUUCCGGUGUAGUUAAUUCAAAUAUACCAUGCUGUCCGCAAUUUGAAAAUAAGUUGUAUAGUAGGCUUGGCGUCAUAGUUGUAACUUUGUACUAACCAGUAACAUAUAUUUGAUUUCAUAUCUUUUCCACAAUAUAUGUUUCUCAUCGGAUAGAAUUUUUUAUGUGUGGAAUACCAUCCCUUGACCUUCUUGAUUCAUAUUUAACACCCAUAUUUCUUAUGCUAAUGAAUAUUAAAUUCUGAAAGUACUUUCCUUUUUGUGCAUUGAUUUAUGGAGAAUUUAAAAAUACAACCAUAUGUAACAAUGACCAUAUUACGUCUAGGCUGCAUGUUAGAAAUACAUGUAUUAUUAUUAUGUUCAUUGAAAUGAUAUUGACUGUUAUAAACUACAUACAUGUAUAAAAAUGAUUAUUAUAGAGAGACUGCAUUAGAUAUUCUGAAAUAUGAGUGUUACAAUUUUAUGGAUUACUUUUCUGUUAUAUUGUUGCAUGUGCCACAUUGUAAGAAUACAUUAUCUAAUCCUGUUGAAAUAGGCACAGUACCUAUACAUUUACUGUAUGCCUUGCUAUGGAUAGUAACAAAUUUAUGUUUAGGUUACACAAAUUACACUUGAAUUACUCAUUGUUAACUGGCACAUUUCAGACUUCAACAUCAUAUAACAAUGUAUACAAUAUUAAGCUCAAUAUAUGACUGUGAUGUACCAUAACAGCAGAUCAGGUUUCACAAAGGUCCAGGGGUAACAGUUAACAGGAGGCACACCACAGCCAUACCACAGAUUUUAUUGAAGAUGAUGAAAAAAUAACUGAGUCUUAUGUAAUAUCUUUUCUCAAAUGCAGCAUGUUGUUAAGAUUUUAGAGACUGAAGUGAACCUGUUACAUUUAAAGAUAGGUGGUAUACAUUGCACUCUAUAUUUACUGAUUCAAACAUUUUUUUAUUGCAAGAGUAUACAAUUAUGAUUUGCGAAAAACACUGUCAUUGUAUCAUAUAUUGUUUUCUGUGUUGUCUUGUCGAUUUGUAAGUUUUGUACAGCAUUACAGAUAAAAGGAGAAUAAUAUACAUGAACUUAGAAAUCAACGUUUUGGAAACAUGUGCAUGUUUGUGUUAAUUAUUUUAAGAAAGUUAUUUAUUUUGUUUGAUAUUGGUAUUACGCCCAAUAUGCAUGACCUUGAAGUGAGUAACAUUUAAGUCUACUAGUCCAUUUUAAAAUACCUGUUGAAAUGAUGUAAAACCAAAGAAAUUGCUGCCAUAUUACAGAAAUUGGUCUGUUACUUAUUUUAAGGUAGUUCUGCACGAUUGAUGAACUGGAAGUAGUUGGGGUAAAGUCAUUUAUCUGGAAAACGUAGAAUAAAGCCUGCAUACAGAAAUGAAAAUCAUUUAAACUGGCAAAUAAAUGUAUUACAGUGGCAGCGUUACUAUAUUUCUAAAGUUUGAAUAUUAAAUUAAAACAUCUGACACACUAAAUAAUUCCAAAAAAAUGUCUUAAAAUUAGCUUGAAUUGCUCGGAUCUCUUUAAUCAUGUGAAAAUAUCUCAAGAUCAAGCACACUGUCCAAUACAUUUUAUAUCUCCGUGUUAUAGGCCAUAUGUAAAUAUAUGACUGAAAAGUUUCAUUAAAAUCUUCGUAGCAGAAAAAAUGCUAUUCUUAAAAUUGUUAUCAAAAGUUUUGAAAAAUUGGGAUUAAAUCUAAUUUGGAUUUUAGGAAAAACAAUUAUCCAAAUGUGCAGAACUACCUGAAGAAAAAAAAACAGGGAAUACAUUUUACACAUAAAUUAAAAAUGGCAUUUCUGUGUCUGGUAUACAUGCAGAUAAUAGCUAAGGAUAAAAAGUAAGAAUAAACCAUAUAAUCUUGUAGGAAGCAAGGUUUUUAAUAGGGAGUAACAAUAAUAUUCAGUUGGUCAGUUUACAAGAAAAUGAGCAUGUUCUAGAAUUUGAAUUUCAUUUUUCUGGACUUAGAUGUUGUAAGAUGAUAGUUGGCCAUGUUUGAUAAACAAAAGUUUUUGGUUUUUGUUACUUUUGAAAAUUAAUGAAUAUGUAUAAAAAGUAGGUUGCUAUGUCGUGGUUUUCUUGUAUGUUUGAAUAUGUACACGUACUGUGAGGGUAACUAGUCAGAUAAAUAUUUGAUAUUAGGGUAGGGACUAUUCUAGGAUUUCUUUACAUACUUUGAUUUUAGGUAAUGGACUUUAUUUGAGCACCUGUAAUAGAUUUUACAGAAUUUAUUCCUAGGAAUGAAACUUCUUAAUACUGACUGACAGCAAAUUUUAAUGAGUUUGUAGGGCCUAGGAAGAUAUUUUGUAAUUUUACAUGUAAAGUCAUCACUGAAAUUCGGACAAAGCAAAUUUUCUGCUAAAGUGCAAAUAUAGAAAUUUCAGUGACAUUUAUAUUUCACCAGUAGUGCCAGUUUGUAAGGUCAUACUGUUGGAACAUACAGGAAAAACUUGGACAAAAUUGGCCUGAUGAAAAAUGUUGGAGAAAACUAGAUUGAUAUUUUUGUUUCCCAAAAUAUUCCCAUUAGCAUAACCAAAGUCAGUAUCCCUAUGUUCUUGAACAUCUGUACAUGUUCUUGUAGCAAAAUGGUUCCAGUUGACGUAAUUAAUUGCUUUCUACAGGGCAGGAUACCAGAAUGCGACAAUUUGUUUCUUUUUCAGUUAUACUGGACCUUUGUUUAUAUAUCUGGAGAAUUUUUAUGGAAAUAGGAAAUAUCCAAUGUAUGUACCUUUUGAUAAUUCUGCUCCAGUGGUCCGAGCAGAGGUGCAUUUCCUUUCAACACACUUUUAAACACUAAAAAUGCCAAUAGCUAAACAGCUUUUUUUUAUAACUACAUGUAUUAUAAAUACUGGGUAGAUUUGUUUUCAAAAGUACAUGGACAUUUGCUAUAUUUCGUAGCUUUUUAAUUUGAUAUCAGUGAUUUGUGAAAAUGAGGUUCUGCCUCUAUAAUAGACACUCGAAAUUUGGUCAGUUUUAUAUGAUUUAAUGGAAGUAAAACUAAAAUUCAGUAGUCCAGGAAUUGAUGAGUAGAAGGUCAAUGGAUUCAGAUUCUGUGUUCUGUUGUAACUUUUAGAUUUAAGCGCUGCAUCAUAUAAAGAUAUUGUUAAAGUCAAGGAAAUAAUUGCAUUCAUGUUAUGUGAAAAUCAAGUAUUGUUUUUGCAUUCUAGCUGUCAUUUAAAGUGUCAUUUGUUUUUAUUUUUGCCACUUUAUAAGCCGAGUGUAACUAGACAAGAGUAUACAUGUAGGCCCGGCCAGUGGGGGUGUUUGAGGGCAUGUUUCCCACAGAUGUUUUUCAUUUGAAAUGCGAAUAGGAGUGCUUUCUAACAUAACUGAAUAUGAAAAUAAAUACAAAUAAAAUUCAAGCAUGGUUUACAAUGUUAACUUCAAAUGAUACGUUUUGGUAAGUUUUACAUGAAGUUAAUGGUACAAGUUAGUAUGGAAUCCAGUAUGUGGGGAUGUUUGUAGCCACUUGCAGUGAAUAAGUUAGUACAUGUACAGAAUCCAGGAACACCUGUUAUGUUAAUUGAAAUACUGUUGAUAAAUAGUGUUUAACCCAAAACAAAGAAAGCAAGAACCCUAUAUUAAAGACUGAGCAGUGACAAGCAGCAGAUUAUGAUUUGUUGCAUAUUUUGUACAUUUUUUUUUCAUUUAUGUAUGUGUAAAUGUAUAUAUGUCGUGUUUGUAUAUUUAAAGAUUACCAGUUGUGUUUUAACAAUUGAAUAACUGUAAAAAUUACAGUCACUGACUCGUUUAAAACAAAACUACAAAUUGUUGAUUGGAAGUGCAUUACAUGUUUAUUAUCAUUUUAUUUCCACCAGGAGAUAUUUGGUAAAGCUGUAUUAUCAAAAAAAAAUUGUCUGAAAUAGACACACCUGAAUAAAGUUUACGCAUAUUUAUGUGUACUGUAUGUAAAAUGGCAAACAUAAGUGCAGAAUUUAAGUUGAAAUACAAUGUAACUUCCAUAUUCACAUAUUCUAUGUUGACAUUUAGCAUAUAUGAUUAUUUUUAUUGAUGUUCAUUUCACAUGAAAGAACAACAUCAUUUAGUUCUAUUUCAGUGAGCAUUUCAGUGCUGCAUUAUCAAUUUACUUUUAUCCAAAUAGAAUAGUACCAUUGUUAUGCAACUUUUUUCACAUUAAAUUUUAAUAAAUGUUAGCGUAUA